CUCUUUUUCUCGUUCUUCAAACCACUUUUUUUUUUUUUGUUCUAUUUUCUUCUUUCUACACACAAAAAAAAAAAAAAAACUUAUCUAAUAAAUAUAUAUAUAAUGAACGCUACAGCAGUAAAUCGCAAUCAAGCCCAGGAAACCAAUCCUUUCGAACAAAGCUUUUCAUCAGCCUCACCAAAGCAUGAUUAUGAUCACUCAAAGAUAACCCAAGAUGGCAUGAUCGAUGUCUGGGUAUCCGAUACGUCUUCUUACUCGUAUAAUUCCGUCAAUAAUGAUGCUUUUUCUGUAUCGGAUCACGAUGAUAACAGUGAUGAUACUUUUCUGAUAAACACUACUACUGCUACUGCAGCAUCAGCAGCAUCAGCGACAGCAGCAGCAGCAGCAGCGCAUUUUGAAUUCGAGCAGCAACGACCCAAGCGACACACAAAUGAAGUCUAUCAGCAAACACACUUUGUAAAUAAUAGUAAACAAAAGACACCCAAGAAGAGAACACGCACGGUCAAACUACCCGAGGAUGAGGAAAAGCGAAAGAACUUUUUAGAACGCAACCGACUGGCUGCGCUAAAGUGUCGCCAGAGAAAGAAGCAGUGGCUUUCGAAUCUUCAAACACGUGUGGAGUACUUGGCCAAUGACAAUGAUCAGCUUCAGAUGGAGUCAGAGGCGUUGCGUAAACAAAUCAUGGAGUUAAAAAGUCUAUUGGUGAACCAUAAAGAGUGUCCACAAUACAAUGCCCAAUUAAUGAAGAAUUCAACACAACAACAGCAUCAGCAUCAACCUGUCUAUCACCAUGAUUUUUCCACCAUGAACUAAAAAAAAAGAUUUUUUUUUUUGUUUUACAUAUUAACAUUGCCUUUCGUUUUUUAUUAUUUUAUUAAUUAUGCAUUUACUCAAACAAACAAAUAUAUAUAUGAAAUCUCUUUCUUUUACACCCCUCAACACCCCCCUUUUUUUUUGUAUAAACCUCAACAUCUAUUAAUAACCAUGCCUCUCUCUUUCUUUUUCUUAAAAAUAAAUGUAAAAAAAUAAAAAUAAAAACCAUUUUCUGCUCUACUCUCUUACCCUGUAAAAUAAAAAAGCUCUGCUAAUAAGAAACUCUACUCUAUAAAAAGGGCCUGUCUACUCUACAAAAAAAAAACAAUUUUCUGCUUCA